AUGGCCGGUUCUGUUUCUACGGAGGACGCGGGUUCUCGCCCAGUGAAGACGCCUAAGGUAGACGAAAAAGCCAUCGUUGAAUCGAAACCACCUUCCACAUUCGACAGACUCCUGAUGAUUGGGGAGCCUGAAAAGGAUGAAUAUGUACGACAGUAUCUCUUGUUUCGCUGUCAAUACUAUCAAACAAGGGGUUUCGGGAUUGAGUGGGAGAAAUUUGAUUACCAUUUCAGUCUUUGUUACCCUUACGAUGGAGCACCGCCAAACUUUAUGAAUCAGAGCAAUGAGGAAAGGAUCAAGGAGGUGACGCAACUUGCCAUUGACAAAUACAAUCAAGAUAAUGGAACAAACAUCGUGUUCGUUGAGCACGUCUCGGCAAAUUACCGGUGUUAUGGUUAUUUUGCGCACUGGGUCACGUUCUGGGGUAGAGACAUGUCUUCCCCUUGUCCUGUGUCGAAACUCUAUCAAGCUAAAAUAUUACAUCGUCGUCAUUCCUAUCAGUUUCCCAUUUUCAGGGUCAAACCGACAGACGAAGGUCACUUCGCUCCUAGUUUAUUACACAAUGCUGAUUUUGCUGUUUCUAUUUGGGUGUAUGUAUGA